CCAUAACCACCGGCGGUCUGGCCAUCAGGCGAUCCUGACCGCCAAAAGACGAAGCAGCAGAAGAGGGGAGCAGUACCAGAGACGCCAGCCACCCUCGUCUGCGUCCCUCACCCUCGACAUCAACUCUCUCUCACACUCUUCCGCCAUCUCCUCUCCUUCUCCUCCUCUGGCCCCGGGGCAUACCCCUCUCCCAACCCCACACACUUACACACACAGACUCUCUCUCUCUCUCACUCUCACACACACCCAAUCCACAGCCAUGACGGCCCCGCCGGUCCCCUCCCAGGGCGGCGUCUACGCGUCCGUGUACACGCCGUCCUUCCUGUCCAUGAUCUACGACUACCUCGUGCUGCGCUUCAACAUGCGCUACAUGUGGGGCUGCCCCACCGACGAGGUGCUCCUCCCCUUCUUCGCCGAGGGCAUGUCGCGCCGCCACCUCGACGUCGGCGUCGCCACGGGCUUCCUGCCGGCCGCGGCCCUGUCGCGCGUCUUCCGCAAGACGGCGGCGCAGCACCUGACCCUGCUCGACAUCAACCCCAACCCGCUCGUGGCCGCCGCCGCCCGCAUCCGCGCCGUCGCGGGCGCCCGCACCGACGUCCGCACCGUCGAGGCAGACGUCACGGCGCCGCUGCCGGCGCCGCUGCUCGAGAUGGCCGAGGGGAGCAGCAGCAGCAGCAGCAGCGGCGUCCUCGUCAAGCACCACCACACCGACAGCCCCAACACAAACAGCAGCAGCCCGCUGCUGUACGACAGCAUCAGCAUGUUCAACCUCUUCCACUGCGUGCCCGGCUGGCCGUCCAAGCUGGUGGCGCUGCGGACGUACAAGUGCGUGCUGGAGCCGACGCGCGGCGUGCUCUACGGCUGCACCGUGCUGGGCGAGAGGGCCGCAACGGGCUGGCUGAGCCGCUGGUACGUGCGCCUGUACAACCGCUUGGGCGUGUUCAACAACCUGCACGACGACCGGGAGGGGUUCGAGCUCGCCCUGGGGAGGGAGUUUGAGGAGUUCGAGACGUGGGUCGUCGGCAUGACGCUGCUGUUUCGCGCCACCAGGCCGCGCCUGGUCGACGUCGAGGACGUCGAGGAGGUCGUGGCCAAGGACGAGGCCGAGAGUGAGGAGGCGGAUAGUGACGAGGAGGAGGGCGAUGACGAGUGAAUCCGGCGGGGUGUAUUCCCGGUCAGGGUAGAACAUGACAUUGAUUUUGAAUCUCACGCCCGAGUAGAUGAACAACACCCAAGCCCAUCACGGCAAGUUGUGUGUUUUUAUUGGCCGUGCUAGGAGGGUUGUGGCUUAUAGCACACACGCCCGGCCAAUAGUAUCUCUAGAUCUCGCGUUGCAGAGCACAAGAAGUCGCGUAACACAACAUGAAGUUCGCGUGGCCAGAAGCACAAGGCUCCAACAUGCAACAGUGUGUGUUACAUUGCAUGCGGCGUAGUUCCUUUCUGCUCCUCCCAUCCACUUGGCACAGCAA